AUGUCGGCAUCUACAUUAUCACCAAGCUCAUCAAAGUUUGUCCAUCGCCCACCCAUUACAGAUGAGAAUAAUGACAAGACGGACAAUCAUUAUCUGGCGAAAGCCUAUGAUAAGCUGCAACGGUUUGUCAGCGGACCUUUGCAAGCACCAGACCCGCUCUUAUCGCCAUCCAAAAGAGAGUUUCUUAAACAAAUGAGUCCCAAUGUAACAAAAAAGCAUCGCGUCAUAUCAAACGAGCCAAUCUCCAAACCGCCAAGUUUUGUAGGUGCAAAUACCAAAAAGGAGAGCAAGGAGGUAAAGGAGGUAAAGGAUUUGAAAGAUUUAAAAGAUGUAAAAGAUUUAAAGGGGGUGAAGGAGUCAAAGUUUGCAAGACCACAGUUUCCGCUGUCAUUUAAACCAACAUUGGCACAGAGGUCUAAAACAAGUAUUGCAUUUCCAAUGUCCAUGUCUAUGGCAAGUGGUGGUAAUAUCAAUUCCUCUUCUUCCAACAGCAAUGCUCCUGGUACUGGUGCCUCUACCACUUCAGUCCCAUUUACAUUACGCCGAUCGAAUUCAUUGUUGACUAGAUCAAAUAGCUCUCUAUCAACAGAUCACAAAUCUACAUCGCUCAGCAAUUUGGACAGAUUCAUACCAUCGAGACACAACUCAAGCACAAGAAAACUAGACUCUUCAGGACCAGCACCUGAGCCCAAUGCAGCACCUGAAAAACACAUUGAAGCACAAACAUCGAAAAUUUACCAACACCAUGUUGCUGAAGCAUGUGGACUAGAGAUGAACUCGCGAAUUUUGCUUUACCAGCCACAGCCACCAGAGAGAAAAAAGCCAGUUGACCUUCUUCAUAGCAAUUACAAGAUCAAUGCAAAAACUUCACUCUCACCUUUACUUGCAUCUGCUAGAGCCAAAAAGAUCCCAUCAACUCCUGAAAGAGUGCUUGAUGCUCCAGGAUUGGUUGAUGAUUUCUACUUGAAUUUACUAGCUUGGUCACUGUAUAAUUUGUUGGCGAUUGGAUUGGAAGACGCAGUAUAUGUAUGGAAUGCAUCAACAGGCUCCGUGGGACUACUAUGCGAGCUUCCAGAAAAGACAUUGGUGACGUCACUACGGUGGUCCCAAGAUGGCUCGUACAUCUCGAUAGGGAAAGAUGAUGGAUUAGUUGAGAUAUGGGAUAUUGAGCAAAACACUAAAUUGCGUACACUCAAUUGUGACAACCACCUCACAAGAGUUGCCUCGCAAGCUUGGAACCUGCAUAUAUUAACCAGCGGCAGCAGAGUUGGGAACUUGUACCACUCGGAUGUUAGGAUAUCAUCACAUUUAGUUGACAAGAACGAGGGAUGUCAUGUUUCAGAGAUAUCGGGUAUCGAGUAUAGACCUGAUCUGAAACAGUUUGUCACCGGUGGCAACGACAACUUGGUCAAUAUAUGGGAUGUGAGAAAUAGUCAAAAGCCACUAUUUGCAAAGAGAAACCAUCGUGCUGCAGUCAAAGCAAUGUCAUGGUGUCCCUACCAGAUGGGGCUCUUGGCAACUGGAGGAGGUUCAACAGAUAAGACUAUACACUUUUGGAACACCAAUACUGGAGCGCGAGUAAACACUAUUGAGACUGGUUCUCAGAUCUCGUCGUUGAACUGGGGUUAUGCAGCAGGAACCGGAAUGGAGAUAGUGGCUACUCAUGGUUUCCCAACCAAUAGUAUAUCGUUGUUCAAUUACCCAACGUUGCAAAAGACGGGUGAAGUGGUGAAUGCGCACGACACGAGAAUCCUCAAUGGGUGCUUGAGCCCUGAUAAUCUUACAUUGGCGACGAUUGCUGGAGACGAGAAUCUCAAGUUCUGGUCGCUCUUUGAUAUGGACAAAUCGUAUAAGAGAGUUUACGACGAGGAAGCUGGUGAUGAUUUAGGCGAUGAAACUGUCAAGGACGCAAAGAGAUUGAAAAGGAUGAUGAAGUUUAGGUAG